CUAAAAUAAUUUCACAUAUUUUUGUGUUAAUAACUAGUUUAAAAUUUAUUCAAGGAUAUUGGUUUACAUUUACCUAUAAGACGGUAUCCUGCAGCAAGUGCAUUAUCCAGAACACUUUUAAUCAAAUCUGCUCCACGUACUUGAUAAGUUCCAACUAAAAAUUAAUUUUGGAGGUUAUAAAAGCACAUUGACCAUAACCCUGUCAUUCUUAAUCAAAACAAACAAUUAAUGAUUAAAAAUACAGCAAAACAAAGAGGCUUACAUCCAACCAUAGGCAUCAAAUCGCCACUAGAGCAAAAAAAUACAAAGAGAAAAAAUUAAAAAUGAAGAAACAACAUGAAUUCCCUGCAAAAGGGACUAGUAAACAGACGAGCUGAUCAAAGUACUAGCCCAACAAACAAAAUUACAACAGAGGAGUUCUUAACCAAAUUAUAUAAGCUAAUAUUAAUAAAUAAUAAUUACAGACGUCAAAAAAAUAUAUGUAUAUAAGGAAAUUAUAUAAAAAAUGUAAUUUAAACGAAAAAGCUCACAUCAUUAUAUUCAAAUUUAACAAAGCAUUUAAAAUAUACAAAGUAAAGGAAAUGUGAGGAAUAAUUUUAAAUGAAGACAUAUUACAGUAGGAUCAGCUCAAAUUGAAAAUAAAUAAAAAACGACAAAGUAAGGUACCAAUAAAUAUUUCAACACAUUGAUAAUUCAAACAUUGAAAUACCAUUUAAUACGUAAUUACGAAAUCACUUUGCUCAACACUACUACAAAGCAUGAAACAGCAACUUUUAGAAUCGUGAUUCACAAAUCACCGUUUCAGAAAUCGGAACUUUGAGGUUAGGUUGUCAAAACAUUUUCAUAUUUUCAAAAUACAAACAAAUCUAUUAUAUAUUAUUAUUAUUCUUCGAAAAGACGGCAGUGGUUGCAACGCAUAGAGUUAAAAAAAAUUGUACCAGUUCAGACUAAUAAAGUUAAACCAGAAGCAAUAACCAUGGACGACAUCAAAAUAGAGGAGCUGAAUUUAUACGAAAUAUUAGAAGUAGAUAUCAAAAGCACUACAAAUGAGAUAAAAAAAGCAUACAGGAAAAAAGCUCUUCAAUGCCAUCCAGACAAAAAUCCAGACGAUCCUAGUGCAGGAAAAAAAUUCCACCAGCUGUCAAAAAUACUAGAAAUUUUAACUGAUGAAGCUGCCCGCUGUGCUUAUGAUAAAGUAUUUAAAGGUAAACAAGAGGCAGCUUUAAGGCAUAAGGAACUAGAUAGUAAAAGAAGAAAAUUGAAAGAAGACUUGGAAGAUAGAGAAAGAAAGGCUGCUGGUAAAGGAGUUAGUGAGAAAACCGCAGAUCAAAAAUUAAAGGAAGAAAUAGAAAGGCUCAGGAAAGAAGGUUCCAAACAAGUAGAAGAAGAGAUAGAAUACAUAAGGCGAAAGAUUCAAGAAGAGCAAGAACAGUCAGCAAAUUUUUCAGAUGGUACAAAGUAUAGGAUAAAAAUUAAAUGGCCUGCUAGUAAAGGUGAUUCCACAAAUGGUGGUUAUACACAGGAAAUGCUUCAUAAAUUUUUAUCAAAGUAUGGAGAUGUUCAAGCUUUAGUAAUGUCACCAAAGAAAGCUGGGAGUGCUUUGGUUGAAUUUAAAGACAGAAAAGCAGCAGAAAUGGCUGUUGAUUUUGAAAAAGGUUUGGCUACAAAUCCACUCACUUUGGAGUGGAUAGGUGCUCCUCCUAAGAGCACAAACAGGCCUACCAGCAAUUUAGUAAAGGAUUCAGACUUUGAGAGUGUCACAUUCAUGAAAUUGAGGCAGGCAGAAGAAAGGAAGAGGCUCAUAGCACAGAUGAUGGCUGAAGAUGAAGAAACAUGAAAACAUUUCUGUAUACUGUAAAUAUUCAUUAAUAAAACUAAUAUAUGUAAAUAUCAAAUAAUAAAAUAUUCAUUAAAACAA